GGAAACAGUUUAGAGAUCAGGUAACAGCCGCAUCGCGCAGUCUGAGAGCGGAGUUGCACUUGGCUUGCUUAUAUUCAGCGCCAUGGCUGACGAAAUAGCCAAGGCUCAAGCUGCACAAGUCGGAGGAGACACGAUUUUUGGCAAAAUAAUUCGCAAGGAGAUUCCUGCUAAAAUAAUAUACGAAGAUGACCAGUGCAUAGCCUUCCAUGAUGUGGCUCCACAGGCUCCUACUCAUUUUUUGGUUGUCCCCAGAAAACCCAUACCUCAGAUCUCGAAAGCUGAGGACAGUGAUGCAGCACUUCUUGGACAUUUGAUGCUUGUUGGCAAGAAGUGUGCUGAACAGGUGGGAUUACCCAAUGGCUACCGGAUGGUGGUGAAUGAAGGCCCUCACGGGGGUCAGUCUGUCUACCACGUCCACCUUCAUGUUCUGGGUGGUCGUCAGCUGGGCUGGCCUCCAGGCUAAAUGCUUCAAUCCUGAUCUCGACAUUAUGCAGCGUUAAUUUAGCAUUAUGUAAAAUUAAUUUCAGCAGUAACCAUAGAAUUGUGGUGUUUGUCAAUAUCACCAUGCCAAGUUCUGUCCUGAGGAUGUAACAGGGGAAACAAUAAAUGCACUUAUCAACUGUCA